GAUUCGUUGAGUGUCAUCUGUCGUUGCACGUGGAAGAAAUGGAACGCAAACCCAAAGUUGCUAAAGUACAGCCUACGCCAUCAGACAUGGAAAUUGAGGCCGCAAAGGCCGUGGUUGCGGAUGAAACGUUGGUUGCUGGUGGUUCGACAACUCUAAACGGCCAUCAUGAAGAAAAGGAAAAGGACCAAAAGACUCCUUUGGCAGCUGAAAUGACCAGCGCUGAUUACUAUUUCGAUUCUUAUGCACAUUUUGGCAUACACGAGGAAAUGCUUAAAGAUGAAGUUCGUACAUUGACUUAUCGAAACUCAAUGUACCACAAUAAGCAUUUAUUCCGUGAUAAAGUAGUGUUGGAUGUGGGCUGUGGGACUGGAAUACUAUCAAUGUUUGCAGCUAGAGCAGGAGCCAAGCAUGUUUAUGCGAUUGAAAUGUCUUCUAUUGUUGAUCAUACGAAAACUAUUGUGAAAGAUAACAACUUGGAUUCAGUCAUAACACUCAUCAAAGGUAAAGUUGAAGACAUCCAGCUUCCUGUGGACAAAGUUGAUAUCAUCAUCAGUGAAUGGAUGGGAUACUGUCUAUUCUAUGAAUCCAUGCUGGACACAGUGUUGUUUGCUAGAGACAAGUGGCUGGCACCUGGUGGAUUAUUGUUUCCAGACAAGGCAUCUUUAUAUAUUUGUGCUAUUGAAGACAGACAGUACAAAGAAGAGAAAAUAUUCUGGUGGGACCGUGUAUAUGGCUUCGACAUGAGUUCAGUUAGAAAAGUUGCAAUACAAGAGCCACUAGUUGAUGUUGUUGAACCAAAGCAAGUUGUAACAAACUCCUGCCUUUUGAAAGAAGUGGAUUUGCAUACAGUCAAGAAAGAAGAUUUAGACUUUAUAGCACCAUUUCGCAUCUACAGCCAAAGAAAUGAUUAUAUACAUGCCCUGGUAACAUUCUUUACAAUAGAAUUUACACACUGCCACAAAAGAACUGGAUUCUCCACAG